CCUAGAGUCGCCGAGGAGUGGCGCCCUGCGCCCCUGCCUCCCUUCGCCGUCCCAGCCAUGGCUUCACGCCUGCUCCGCAGCUCCCUGCGCAUGUGGGGUGGCCGGUGUGCCCUGCGUUCACCGCCGGCCGCGAGAUGUUCUCAUUCCGGAGAGGAGAAACGUCUAGAAACUCCUUCUGCUGAAAAAUUAACAGAUAUAGGAACUCGAAGAAUCUUUUCUUCAGAACAUGACAUUUUCCGGGAAAGUGUAAGGAAGUUUUUUCAAGAAGAAGUGAUUCCUCACCACGCAGAAUGGGAGAAAGCUGGAGAAGUGAGCAGGGAGCUUUGGGAAAAAGCUGGCAAACAAGGACUUCUCGGUGUCAAUAUUGCAAAGCAUCAUGGUGGUAUUGGUGGAGACUUGUAUUCAGCAGCUAUAAUGUGGGAAGAACAAGCAUAUUCAAAUUGUACAGGCCCAGGUUUUAGUCUUCAUUCAGAUAUUGUCAUGCCCUAUAUUGUAAACUAUGGCUCUGAAGAACAGAUUAAGCACUUCAUUCCCCAGAUGACUGCUGGGAAAUGUAUUGGCGCCCUAGCAAUGACAGAGCCUGGGGCUGGAAGUGAUUUGCAAGGAAUAAGAACAAAUGCCAAAAGGGAUGGGAGUGACUGGAUUCUCAAUGGAAGCAAGGUAUUCAUCAGUAAUGGGAAGCUAAGUGACAUUGUGAUCGUAGUGGCAAUCACAAAUCAUGAAGCUCACUCUCCUGCUCAUGGCAUUAGCCUUUUUCUGGUGGAAAAUGGAAUGAAAGGAUUUAUCAAGGGACGAAAGCUACAUAAAAUGGGACUAAAAGCCCAGGAUACUGCAGAAUUAUUCUUUGAGGAUGUACGGUUACCAGCUAGUGCCCUACUUGGAGAAGAGAAUAAAGGCUUCUAUCACCUCAUGGAAGAACUUCCACAGGAAAGGCUAGUGAUUGCUGAAAUGGGACUUUCAGCCAGUGAAUUCAUGUUCGAAGAAACCAGGAAUUACGUUAGACAAAGAAAAGCUUUUGGGAAAACAGUUGCACAUCUACAGACAGUGCAGCAUAAGCUGGCAGAAUUAAAAACACACAUUUGUGUAACCAGAGCUUUUGUGGACAGCUGUCUCCAGCUGCAUGAAAAGAAACGUCUGGACUCUGCCACUGCUGCCAUGGCGAAAUAUUGGGCAAGUGAGUUACAAAACACUGUAGCUUAUGACUGUGUCCAGCUCCAUGGAGCCUGGGGAUACAUGUGGGAGUACCCGAUUACAAAAGCUUAUGUGGAUGCCCGCGCUCAGCCAAUCUAUGGUGGUACCAAUGAAAUAAUGAAGGAGCUGAUUGCAAGAGAGAUCAUCCGUGACAAGUAGACAUCUGCCCACAUCCUGGAAUCCUAUUACAACUAAUCUGCUUUUAAAUCUACUCAAGAUAAAAUGCAACCUGGAAAGGGAGGAAAUGCUAAACAUGUUUUUAUAUGUUCUCCCUGUUGAAAGAGAAAUCAAAUAUGAGAUUAGUACAAUGAUAGGACAAAUCUUUGAAUUCAAAGAUUCUAAAAUUGUCCAGUAUAGGCUUAACUUUUAAUUUUUAUAUAGCUAAAAGGCAAAUAUUUUCUGAUUCUAGAAACCUUGGUGUUUGGUUUUUCCCUAUAAUUCUAAAAUAAAUAAAUCAAUCAAUAAAUCAAUAAAUCAAUAAAAAUUGCUUUCAAAUUGA